CGGCGCGGCCGCCAGUCCGAGGCCCAGACGAGUCACCCCCUCGCACUCUCUUGCCUGCUGCGGUCGAGUGCGGAGCGGAGCGCCAAGCGAGCGACGUGAUCGGGCCGACUGCGGACUGCGGCCACCGUCACCACGAACCAAUCGCAAGACUGCAACCCCAAACUAGUGAACCAAGUGUGAUUUUAAUUAAGUUAAGGCAAGCCCUCGUCCGUGUCGAUUAAUAAGAAGAAAAAGUCCCCCGCUCCGCCCAGUGCCGUGUCGCGACUGUCUUGCUUCUGUGAUAAAAGAGGGAUAUCGAAUCUAUGUGUCGCGAGUGAUUUUGGCGUCCGCCAGUGAAUGUGAAGAUGGAUCUACUGUGUUGUGAAUCCGGCAUCGAGAAUUGCCGUGCCAUCAUCGACCCCGUGCUGCUGAACGAUGACCGCGUGCUGCUCAACAUGCUGGGCCAGGAGGAGAAGUACACCCCCAGCACGGCCUACUUCUCGUGCGUGCAGAAGGACGUGACCGCGCCGAUGAGGACCAUCGUCUCCAACUGGAUGCUCGAGGUGUGCGAGGCCCAGAAGUGCCAGGAGGACGUCUUCCCCCUGUCCAUGAACUACAUGGACAGGUUCCUGAGCGUGUGCCCCAUCGUCAAGACGCAGCUGCAGCUCCUGGGCACCGCCUGCCUCCUGCUCGCCUCCAAGCUGCGCGAGCCCGAGCACCUGUCCGCCAGUCAGCUCGUCAGCUACACGGACCACUCGUUCACGGAGGCCGACCUAUGGAGCUGGGAGCUGCUGGUGCUGUCCAAGCUCAAGUGGGACAUGUCCGCCGUGACGCCGCACGACUUCUUCGACCACAUCCUGAGGCGGCUGCCCGUGGACACGGUCACGUGGGACAUCGGCAUGAUCCGGCGGCACACGCAGACCUUCAUCGCGCUCUGCGCACGAGACUACCAGUUCUCGCUGCACCCGGCCAGCAUGAUCGCGUCCGCCAGCCUGGCCGCGGCCCUGCACGGCCUGGAGUGGACCAAGCGCAGCGGAGUCUCGCUCAACGAGCUGCUGGCGCGCCUGCAGGACAUCACUGGCAUCGAGAAGGACUACCUCCAGACGUGCCUGGGCCAGAUCGAGGGCAUGGUCACCUCGAUGAUGCACGAGGCCAACGGCGACCACACCGAGUCCUCCAAGCUGGCCGAGUUGGAGCAGACGGCCGACGGCGAGCUCGCCAAGGCGGAGACCCCCACCGACGUGCAGGAUAUUCACUUCUGAAGGUUCCGGAGCGACGGCCUACCCCUUUCGACGGCGUCCGGGACAGUCCCGGCGGCCGCCCCCUCGCGCCCGCGGCCCCCU